GGCCGGCCGGGGCCGGCUCCUGCUCUGAUUGGCUGGAGGGCUGCGGUGGAGGCGUGGUACCGGGGCUCGAGCGAGGCAUGGACGGGCCGUGCCGCGAGGGCGGCCAGGGGGCGCAGGCUGCUGUCAAAAUCUCAGAAGCUGGAGACGAGGGAGCAGAGGGGGGGACCCCAGGGGAGUUUACAUUCAGCGCUGACCCCUCCCUGGAGGACAUCCGGCGGCUCCAGGCCGAGUUCGUGGCCGAGCGGGGGUGGGGCCAGUUCCACCAGCCCCGAAACCUGCUCCUGGCGCUGGUGGGCGAAGUGGGGGAAGUGGCCGAGCUCUUCCAGUGGCGGGCGGAGCCGGCGGCGCGGGCGGGGCUGCCGGGCUGGGCGCCGGGCGAGCGGGCGGCCCUGGCGGAGGAGCUGAGCGACGUGCUGCUCUACCUGGUGUCGCUGGCCCAGCAGUGCCGGGUGGACCUGCCCCGCGCCGCCCUCCGCAAGCUGGACCGGAACCGGGCCCGCUACCCGGCCCACCGCGCCCACGGCUCGGCCCGCAAGUACACCCACUACCAGGCCGGGCCCCCGGACGCCUGCGGCCCCCGGGACUGAUGGACGGGCGGACUCAGACCCUGGCGGAGAGAGGGGGUGUGUCCCCCCCAACCCCACCACUUCAAUCCCCCCCAGUCCCAGAUUUCCCCCCUGUUCAUUGCACCCCAGCUCCCCCUUUCUACAGCAACCCCCCUGCCCGCAGUUUAUCAACGACCCCCCCCAUCCCAGAACCCGCCCCGCCUGUCACCCCAGGACGCCACCCCAAAGUUCUGUUCUGAGUUUCUCUCUUUUUCUUGUUGUUUUUAAGUAAUAAAAACCUUCCCUUUUUGGGGA